UAAGCUUCAGGAGUGAAGAAAGCAUUCGAGGAUAAGAGGAGGAAGAGCCGUUGAAGGACAAAGAAGAGAUGACGAUGUCGUCGCCGGCGUCCACCCACCUCCUCCGCCCCGCGCCCGCGGCGCCCCUGCUCCCUCGCCGCGCCUCCGUGCAGCUCUCCCGCGUCGCCGGCGGAGCUGCGCCAAGGAGCAGGAGACGGAGCGGCCGCCUGGCGGUGGUCCGCGCGGCCACCGCGGAGGUGGCCGAGGCCGCCGGCGCCCCCGCCUACACCACCGAGUCCCUCAUCCUAUACUUCAAGGCCGAGGGCACCAUGGAGGAGAGGGCUGUUCCCAAGAUCACCCAGGCCCUCGAGGGGAUGGAUGGCGUCACUGACCUGGAGGUGCUCAUCGAAGAAGGCAUCGGAAGUGUUGUGUUAACGAAGGCGACAACAGUCCAAGCUACCGGGGUCGCCUCAAACCUGGUGGAAGCCAUCCAGGGAGUUGGUUUCAAGCUGCAAACUCUGAGCCUCAGCUUCGAGGACUUUGACAAGGCGGACGCUGCUGCUGCAGUCACAGGAGAAGGAGCAGACGUCCAAGCCAGCGAGUGAGCUUCACGGCGCCGUGCCUGCGCUGAGUGCACAAGAUGUGCUCUGAUCGUUGGGGUUCAGUCUUUCUUCAGACAUUUUUUUUCUUUGGUUGCCAUACACUUCGCUCCUAGAAUUUUUUCAAGCUGUACGUUUUACCUUCUGGCAUGACUACGUACCCUAUGGGGGCUUUUAGAAAUGCUGCAUCUUCCCAUCAUCAAAAAAAGAAGAAAAAAAAUGAAAUGCUGCGUCUUGGGAGUUUCCCGUUUCCUUCGCA